AGAAAAGGAGAGCUGCUCCUGGGCCAACGUGGUUGUUGUAAGUAAGUACCACUGUUUCUGUUCACAAGAAAUGUUUGUUGCCUGUUCAUCAUCCUCUGCAACUACGGCGAUCAUGCCGCCUGCUUUGGGACGUCGAGGAGGUUCUUCUACAAGGGCCGCGGUCACUGUGCACCAUUUAAAAAUAUCGCCACCUGCAGCUCCAGUUGUAAAACUUGGUCGGCGGCGGUGGGGCAGCUGCAAGAUGAAAGAACCUGGUGUCCAUGAUGCUUCUCCUGGUUGGAGCUAUGAAAGGAAGCCCAAAACGUUCAUCUUCAUCGCCCCUUGGUACAACCCGGCGGUUGGGAAUGAUGUACGAUGGAAAAUACCGUCCAGGGCGAGUGGAGUGCAACGAACCGGCUUCAUGAAGAUCUCCUUUUGCGGCGCUUCCACUGCUUCAUGUAAUUUUCCCAAAAUAAACAGCAAGAACCACUUCUCAACCUUUUCGUCGGGAGCGAGCUCCUAUCACAUGCAAAUAUCCCUGGAUGUCUGGAAGGAUGCAACUUGUGAUGCCGCGUCUGCAUUCUACAAAAAUCUGUAUUGCUGGAACAGCAAAGUAAGAGGUCCGGUUUUUCCCACGGCGAGAGGUCAUUUGUUUCUCAUGCGGUAUAGGCAUCAGGAAGCCGAAGCCCUCACAAGAUCUGUGAUGCUAGAAGGACAUGCAUCACAGACAUCAGGAGUCAUGCAAAAUGUGCAUGAUAAACCGUGCAUCCUUCGCCCAGAUCCAGACAUAUUUGCAUUUGAUAGCUCCUCCUCAAGCAGUACUAGCUCCUCGACGUCGUCCUUCGAGAGACAGCCGUCGACCACCAAUUUGUCCAAUGAGCGCCUACGCGAGUUGUUAAACGCGGAAAUCGUUUCGCUGGGCCUGCUAUGAACUGCAAAAAUGUUUGGGUCUGGAAGAAUGCAUGUGUGUCAUGCUUGUCUGGCAUGACUCUUAAAUCUGUCAUGCACGUUACCCAAGAGCCCCAUUUUUCUGCCAUGCAGAAACGCAGUUGGUCAUGCAGCAUAGGCAACACCUGGAAGCUCAAGCUCAGAAACUUGUCAUGCUGAGCCAGCACUUGUUGCCUCCUCAUGAUAUCCCACCCAGCAUCACAAGUUUCCAGACAUCCAGGGAUAUUUGCAUUUCAUACCUGCGGGACCCGAAGCCGUUUACGUUGGAGGAGAUUUUGUCCUUUCAAACGACGGAAAAGCUGGGAAAGGUACUUCUGAAUGAACUCCCGAUCAGAUUCGCGCACCGGAUAAAAUUAUGAAAUGCAAAAGCAUCGUGCUAGUAGUAAUCAGAUUACAAAUUUGCUCAGCAUGACAAAUGGGAUUUCUCAUGCCGAUUUACCUUGAAAAAGAGAUUUGCCAUGCAGAAAUGCCAUUACUUUUACUAUUCUAUGAGUACGAUACUUUUGCACAGGACAAAAAUUGCUGGAAUCCAUUCCGGACUGGCAGUCGAAUCAGGCCUUCUCCGAUGUGAGGGAGCUCUACGUGCUAUCAACUGCAAAUACGUCUGGGUAUGGAAAUAACUUGUGAUGCAACAAAGGGAAUAUUGAGCACUUUGUAAUGCGCCGGCAAGCAUGACAAGUUUCUCGCUCUCCGGGGUUAUGAGGUGCGUGCCCCGCAUGAAAAGCUGCGUUUUUGCAUGACAGGCAAAUGGAGCUCUUCGCGGAGUACGCAAUACAGAGUUUAGAGCCGUGGCAGACUAGCAUGACAAAUUUUGCAACCUCCCAGACCGAGACCUAGUUGCAAUGCAUACGUGCAGAGUUUUACCGAUUUAAGAAAAGUCCAGCAGGAGCUGGUCCGGCUGAAGGAGAAAUUUGACGCAACGCCGAUUAAAAAAUUCGAGCUCAUGGAUAAGAACUACGGAACAACUGGUAACGUGGACGGACUUUCAGCAGAAGAGGCAGAAAAACAAGCCGCAGAUCAGUGUUCUGUGCAAGACCACGAGGCCCGAUCUAUCAAAAUGAAAAAUCCCCCCUCCCCAUAUCGAAAGGAAAGUCUGUGAUGCUGUAUUUGCGUACACAAAUUAGCUUUGUCUUGCAGUAGAGAACUGCAGGCAGAUACAAAGCCCGGAAAGGGGUGGCUUGAGGUAGUCACUUAGCAUGGCAGAUGUCUGCCCCAUUGGCGCUAGCAUUACAAGUCGCGUGCGAAAUGCGGCGGAAGCUCUGGCUUUGCUCUCUUGCAAGACAGACUCGAUCUGUGGCCACAAAUCAGCAGCACAAAUUUUGAAAAGCGCGCCUCUUCGAUAUGGGGAGGGGGGAUUUUUGCUCACAAUACGACCCACGAAUCUGUUGUAUACCUGUUUGCAAACCAUCCACAAACGGCACUCCCGAACCACCAGACUCCUGUAUUACAAUGAAAACUCCCCCCUCCCCAUAUCAAAGCGGGGAUUUGUGUAGCAUGAUGUGUGACCUCAGAUCGCGUUGUCAUGCUAGAGGGGAAGUAGAGAUGCGCACUGUAGUACUGGCUGGUGUUGAAAUGCCUUGCGUCUUCAGCAUGACAGGAAGCAUCUAGACAAGCGGAAAACAGAAUGACAGAUUACCUGCAGGCGAGACCGCAACUACGUUUCUUCGCCUUCUAGCAAUACAAACCUGAUCUGUGUACGCGAAUCCAGCAUCACAAAUUUCUUUUUCGAUAUGUGGAGGGGGGAUUUUUCCGUGUGAUAUCCUGGCCGGCGCGACCAACCUGGUCGAAAGCAGCACAAACGGCGCCUAUCCUGUGCAAAAGUAUAUCGUAUUCGUAUUAUCAUGCAAUCAUGCAUUACAAAUCUUUUUGUUAAGUCAAAUCCGCAUUACAAAUUUUCUUUGUCAUGCUGGUAAUGCAUUUAUACGAAUACUCGAUGCUUUUGCAGUUCAUAGCGCCCUCGCGACAGCCACGGCGAGCGGCAAGACGAGCGAGGUGAGUUCUAUGCAAGAAAAAAACUGUGUAAGUGUAACUCUGUAAUGCAGAACUUGCAAGAGAGGUACGAACUUGUCAUGCCAGGCAACCAUGAAGUUCUCUUUCAUGUGUGUUUUCCUUUACAAGCCACGCAUGACAGGUCUAUUUCUCUGUCAACAUGUGGAGCAAAUUUGUAAUGCUGUCAGCCAAGAAAGAUAGUCAUAGCUACACUAACACAGUUUUUGUCUUGGAUAAGUUCGCCAGAGCUGUUACUGCAGGAAAAGAAACGGAUGAACGAAAUCCUGGAUAGGUUAUUCUUGGGUCGCAUGUCCACCAAGCUGCUGAUUCGACGGUAUCUGGAACUCGCGGAGCCCUACUUAUCGCACGAAAAAACUGUAGUUUCACUGUAAACUUGUGAUGCAUAGAAUGGAACACAGACCGACGUGUCGUGCUACACAUGCAAGACCUUGCGCUUUUAGCUCUGGUUUCUCUUAGAAACCUUGCAUGACAAGUUUUCUUUGUCAUGUGUAACGAACUUGUGAUGCAAAACUGGAAGUAAAAUCCUUACAGUGAAACACUUUUUUCUCACGAUACUACUCCCGCUACAUUCAGUCCGGAGCGGGGAUUAUCGACCCCGAGUGCGAUGUCACAAAGGUUUGCGAAAAUGCGGUGAAGGAGGUGAAAAAUCUGGUGAAGUUGAAAUACGGCGUUGCCGACGAUGAGUUGGUUUUUAAACUGCGGAAAAUUCAGCACCCCGUGAUUCCUAUCCUGUGCAAAAGUAUCGUACUCGUAAUAUGCAUGACAAGUCUUGUGAUAAAGGUAGAACAGCGUGACAAAUUUCAGUUCUCGUCAUGCUGAGCAACUUAAGUAUUUGUAAUGCAAUUUACACUAAGUGCGAUGCUUUUGCAAUGCAUAAUCGCCUAUCCAACCAACCAUUUGUACUUCAUCCUGUUCGAGAUUCUGAAAAAUGCCGCCACCGUAUGACAGUGCACAGCUCCCCCUCCUUCUAAUUUGUAUAGCAUGAACGGCAAUACAAGCCUCAGCAAGAGUGCCGGUUUUGCAUGAUAAAUUUGCACGACUGGACUGUAGUGCUAUUUGGGCUACCAGAAUUUGUCAUGCAUAAUAGUGACAGGAGGGAAAGCGUGGAUUGGAUACUUUGCAUGAGAAAUGAGAACGAGGGGGAGUUGUGCACUGUCAUACACCGCGACCAUCAACCACAGAAAAAAGAGGCUGUUGCGAAAAAAGUUCGGCGGGGGCACAUUCGUGCGGACACGGUCGAGCUCCUUGCGGGAAAGGCAGGAGGAAGCGGACCAGGUCAAACAGACGGAGAAGGGAACACCGGAUACGUUCGUGAAGAUUGUGGAGGACCAUGUAGUGGACACAACAACAGUAAAAAGCGCGGAAGCUGCAGCAGCAAACGCAGUGGCAGGCCUCCAACAGGUCGCUGAGCCACAUGAUCAUGAAAACAAGGACAACAGCACGACUGAGCAACUCCUGCGCCCGGGGGUCAUCGAGAUUGUGCUCACCGGAGACGACUUCUCGUGCGCGAUACGCAUCCGCGACGAGGGAGGGGGCAUUGCGGAUGAGGAUUUGCUAUGAAUUGCAAAAGCACCGUGAGUAGUAUGAAUUGCAUAUACAAAUUUGAAUUUCCUCAGCAUGAGAAAUGUAAUUUGUGCUGCUGAUUUGAUUGACCUUUAGGAAAAAGAUUUGUAAUGCGUAACUGCAAUAAUACUUUUGCAAUGCAUAUUCUCCGCACGUUUUCGACUACCUGCACAGCACGACAAACACAGAGCACGUGAAGGACGAAAAUGGGUUGAAUUCUCUCAAUCUGAUGGUCGACGAUGACCACCAAACGGCGGAGCAACAGUUGUUAGCGCAACAACUGGCACCCAACACGACCAACCCAAGCACGGCCAGCAGUUCUUCUUUUGCGGAACAGGCGAACUUCGAAGAAACUAACUUUCUCUCCCGGCUAUGCAUUGCAAAAGUUGUAUAAUCGCAGUCGUACUAAUGACAGCAUUCAUGCAUUAGAAUUGAUCAAGUCUCUUCCCUUCCUUGAGGUAUUAACUCCGUAUUACAGAUUCCAUUUCUACCCGUGCGCAGGAAAUGGAAAUUCGGCAUGCGAUUUGUGUACUUACGAAGAUGUUUAUUUUGCAAUGCAUACCGCCAGCACUACAAAACAGUGACCUUCGCUGGGGGCGGUUGUGGGUUGCCCCUGGCAAAUCUCUACGCACGCUACCUCGGUGGCUCGUUGCAGCUGCACACCGUGUAUGGAGUACAAAUAUGUCUGGGUCUGGAAGAUUUUCAGGUUUGUCAUGCAUAUUUUGAAUGAUCCAUGAUGUUUGUGAUGCAUGCGCUAGCAUCACAGAUUUUUAGAGGACUUCCUGACGCCUCUACCGCACUAGAAAUGCCCUUUCCGCGUAGCACAAACUGGAGUCCUCUUGCUGGUCAUGCAAUACAAAUUUUUUUAGAAUCCAGAGACAGCAUUACAAGUGUAGAAUCUUCCAGACCUAGACACUUUUGCAUUUCAUACGUGAAUUCCUUUGNGAAAUGCCCUUUCCGCGUAGCACAAACUGGAGUCCUCUUGCUGGUCAUGCAAUACAAAUUUUUUUAGAAUCCAGAGACAGCAUUACAAGUGUAGAAUCUUCCAGACCUAGACACUUUUGCAAUCCAUACCGUGUAUGGGCUAGGUACCGACGUGGUCUUAUGAAAGGGAAUAUCAAAUGUAAAAAUGUCUGGGUCUGGAAGAAUGCAACUUGUCAUGCUGAUUUUGGAUGCUAAAAAAAUCUGUAUUGCAUGAGCAGCAAAGAGAUUUCAAGUUUUGCUACACGGAAAGAGCGUUUGUCAUGCGGUAUAGGCAUCAGGAAGCCCUCAUAAAAUCUGUGAUGCUAGGGCAUGCAUCACAGACAUCAGGAGUCAUGCAAAAUGUGCAUGACAAACCUGGCAAUCUUCCAGACCCAGACAUUUUUACAGUUGAUAGGGAAGUGAGUGGUCUCUUUGUCUUUGACAAGUGCUGCUGAAAGGUAAGUUAGUACUACCAAGUACUAAAAUCAGCCCACACGACCACCGCGUAAGAAGUUUAAUUUAUGCAUCAGACGCGUUCGGCAAUUCCAAUUGCUGUAAGUAACUACUUGUUGUGCGAAUGCGUUCGCGGUGCAAAAGAACUGAGGACCAUAGCAAAUGUGCAUGAGUACUAGGCUUAGCAUCAUCAUCAACACAGGCACUAAUGAGAGCUGCUGCCCUCGCUUUUCCCCUUAAUAGGUGUUGUUUAUGAGCCGGGUUUAUCAAAUCGUAAAAAUGUCUGGGUCUGGAAGAAUGCAAGUUUGUCAUGCCUGUCUGGCAUGACUCUUAAAUCUGUCAUGCACAUUACCAAAGAGCCCCACUUUUCUGUCAUGCAGAAACGUACUUAGUUUGUCAUGCAGAAUAGGCAACACCUAGAAGCUCAGAAACUUGUCAUGCUGAGCCAGCAAUUGUGGCCUCCUCAUGAUAUGCCACACAGCAUCACAAGUUUCGAGACAUCCAGGGAUUUUUACAUUUGAUAGGGUCCAGGGACAGAUGGAAAGGAUUCGGUGACCACAUCAAAGGGAGUUUUUGAUGUCACCACGUCGAAGGAGCAAGGCUUGCAAAAAAUGGAAGAAAACAAUCUUUUCAACUGCUACGGACAUCACGAUGCAGCAUAUUUUUACACGAGCAUACAUGAAGAUCUUCUGCUUUUCAGUUUGUGUUUGAUCAAUUGAUUUACUGUGUCGAAGCUUAAUAAAUAUCGUGUGCAAUAAAUAGAC